AUGUCUCAAGUUCCACGUAACUUUAGAUUGUUAGAAGAAUUAGAAAAGGGUGAAAAGGGCUUGAAUGGUGAUGGAAACGUAAGCUAUGGUUUAGAAUCCCCAGAUGAUACCUAUCUCAGCUCGUGGAUCGGUACUAUUAUCGGACCAGGCAAUGAUUACCCAUCGAAACCACCAGCUGUAAAAUUUACGUCAAAGAUUAAUAUGGGAUGUGUCAGUGGUACAGGUGCAAUUGAAACAAAGUCUUUCCCAUUGUUGAAAGAUUGGAACCCAAAGACAACCAUUGAAACCAUUCUCAUUGAAUUGCGUAGAGAAAUGGGUUCAUCUGCGAACAAGAAGUUGGUUCAACCACCCGAAGGAUCAAACUAUUAA